CCCACAAGACAAUAGCUAUAGUAAGUCACGUGAUCGAUGACCAACUGUUUGAACCAUCUAUAAAAGCCAAGUGAGCUAGAGAUUGAACACUACUGCUGCAGAGCAUCAGACAAGAAACCUGCCUAAAUCAUGAAGCUGCUUUUGUUGUGCACCUUGGUAGCCGCCGCCCAGGCUGGUAUACUCUAUACCCCAGGUGUUUUUGGAACUGGAGCCAGUACCCAGUACCGUCAUCAAGACAAUAUUGGAAACUAUAACUUUGGCUACGAUGAGGGCCAUUUCACGGGCGGAACUUUUCGCAGGGAGUCUGGUGAUGCUUUUGGUAACAAAGCUGGUUCCUAUGGUUUGAAGGAUGCUGAUGGCCGUGUUCGUAUCGUCAAUUACGUCGCUGAUAGUGCCGGAUACCGCGCCGACAUCUCAACUAACGAACCUGGCGUUGACUUGGGUAGCUAUAACUUUGGAUACGACGAGGGUCAUCUUGCUGGUGGAACCUUCCGCAAAGAGUCAGGGGAUGGUUAUGGUAACAAGGCUGGUUCCUAUGGUCUGAGGGAAGCUGACGGCCGUGUACGUACCGUCAACUACGUCGCCGAUGCCACAGGUUUCCAUGCCGACGUUAAGACUAACGAACCUGGAGUGGAAGCCAAAGACCCUGCUGAUGUUGCUAUCAACAAGGCUGAGGUUGUCGCUCCUGUAGUUACCUAUGCCGCUGCUCCUGCUGUGACCUACACCUCUCCUGCUGCUCACACCCUAACCUAUGCCGCUGCCCCUACUGUCUACAGCUAUAAAUACGCUGCUGCUCCUGCUGUGUAUGGGUAUGACUAUGCUUCUGUUCCUGCUGUUUUAGGCUACAGUUACGCUUCUGGUCUACCUGCUCUUGGUCACUACGGCUAUAACCUUGCCGGACACUAUUAUAACCCCGGAAAACACUAUGUGUGGUAGACAACUCUUAUCAUA